UAGGUCUUUGGGUAAGCCAAUAUCGAGAAUAGUAUAGUCGCCUAGUUUAGUGCACUUUAACCUCUCUACGAAAUGGCUGAUCCAAGUGCAGACACUGAUAGCGAAGACGAAAUUCCGGCAGGUUGGGAAGAGCGAAUUACUUUGGAUGGCGAAGUAUACUACGCAAAUCACAUUACCCAGACCACACAGUGGGAACAUCCACUCUCAGGGAAGAAGAAAGUUGCUACAGGAGAGUUACCCUAUGGGUGGGAGAGACAGAUUCAAGAUGAUGGAACAGUCUUUUAUGUGGAUCAUGUCAAUAAGAAAACAACAUUCACAGAUCCACGGUUAGCGUUUGCUGAAACAGAAUCAUCUCGUAAAACAUUUCGGCAGAAAUUUGAUGGCAGUAGUACUGCACUUCAUAUCCUAAGUGGUCGUGACUUGACUGGCAAAUAUGUGAUAAUAACUGGGGCCAACAGUGGUAUAGGUUUUGAAACUGCAAGGUCAUUAGCUUUCCAUGGGGCACAUGUCGUUAUGGCAUGUAGGAACCUCCUGUCAGGACAAGAAUGCUGCGACAGAAUACUGGCAGAGAGGCCAGGGGUCAAGGUCACAGUAAUGAAAAUUGACCUUGCGUCCUUGGGCAGUGUCAAGGAUUUUGCUGAGCAGUACAAACAGAAAGAAUGGCCAUUGCAUUACUUGAUUUGUAAUGCAGCAGUAUUUGGUUUGCCAUAUACCCGAACAGAGGAUGGGCUUGAGACAACGUUUCAAGUCAACCAUCUCUCGCACUUCUAUCUUACCAAGCUUCUGUGGGACCUGCUGAUGAAGAAUGCACCUGCUCGUGUGAUUGUGGUGUCAUCUGAGUCACACAGGUCUGGAGACCUUAACGCGCUGAACAUAAGUGAGGAGAAGUUAUCUCCCCCUGCCAGUGCAUAUUGGGACCUGAAGGCAUACAACAACUCGAAGCUUUGCAAUGUGCUAUUCUCGCUUCAUCUGAACAGUCUAUUGUCUAGAUUUGGAGUGACUUCUGUGGCACUGCAUCCAGGCAAUAUAAUGUACACAGGCAUUCAGAAGCAUUGGUGGUUCUACAGGCUACUGUUCUACAUGGCUCGGCCAUUCACAAAAUCCAUGCAACAAGGUGCGGCAACAACGGUUUACUGCACGGUGGCUCCAGAGAUGCAGAAUGUGGGAGGCAUGUACUUCAACAACUGUUGUCGUUGUCCGACCUCCAGCGCAGGCUGUGAUGAGGAACUGGCAAAGGCAUUGUGGGACAUUAGCGAGAAAAUACUUAGGAAACGUAUUGGGCGACCCAUCUAGAGAAAACAAUAUGAAUGUGAGUAAAAUUGACUCAACCUAUGUUUGUUACCAUGAUUAUUCAUUUAAAAGGGAAAAAUAGCAUUAAUUUGGUAAUUUAACAUUGGUAAAAUAAUGUUAGAAUUUACAUGCAAUUCAGUAUGCGAAGCACACAAGAUAUUAAUAGAGAGAGAGGAUCUGUAUUUGUUUAGUAUAUGAUUCAACAAGAUUGUGUUUAAGUAUAGAAUGCUAGAAUAGUAUUUUAAAAACUUUAUUUAAUGUGGCUCAGUGGUUCAGACUUUUGUACUGAGCAUAUUUCAUUGAAUUAUUUACAAAUAUUUUCAAAGUUUAGAACAAGUUUACUGAACGGACUCUUUAUAACUUCAAAAAUUGCUUGUGUAUAAGCAAUUUGUUUAAAAAAUAACAUGUACAAGUUAAAAAAAUAAUUGAUCUAACUCUAAUGUAAUCAUGGAAUAUAUCAUUUGUAUAGAUUAAUAAUUUGUAAAUUUGGGGAGGUUAAGGAUAUAACUAACUGUGGCUUCGUUACAAAUUAAAAAAAUCCCUGUGUUUACUUAAAUUGGUCACCAAUGAAGCCUCACUUAAUUUUUAUGCCCCCCUUCGAAGAAGAGGGGGUAUAUUGCUUUGCUCAUGUCGGUCUGUCAGUCCGUCAGUCUGUCGGUCGGUCGGUCUGUCGGUCCGUCCACCAGGUGGUUGUCAGACGAUAACUCAAGAACGCUUGGGUCUAGGAUCAUGAAACUUCAUAGGUACAUUGAUCAUGACUCGCAGAUGACCCCUAUUGAUUUUGAGGGCACUAGGUCAAAGGUCAAGGUCACGGUGACCCGAAAUAGUAAAAUGGUUUCCGGAUGAUAACUCAAGAACGCUUAGGACUAUGAUCAUGAAACUUGAUAGGUAGAUUGAUCAUGACUCGCAGAUGACCCCUAUUGAUUUUCAGGUCACUAGGUCAAAGGUCAAGGUCACAGUGACCCGAAAUAGUAAAAUGGUUUCCGGAUGAUAACUCAAGAACGCUUAGGCCUAGGAUCAUGAAACUUGAUAGGUAGAUUGAUCAGGACUCGCAGAUGACCCAUUUUGAUUUUGAGGUCACUACGUCAAAGGUCAAGGUCACAGUGACCUGAAAUAGUAAAAUGGUUUCUGGAUGAUAACUCAAGAACGCUUAGGCCUAGGAUCAUGAAACUUGAUAGGUAGAUUGAUCAUGACUCGCAGAUGACCCCUAUUGAUAUUCAGGUCACUAGGUCAAAGGUCAAGGUCACGAUGACCCGAAAUAGUAAAAUGGUUUCCAGAUGAUAACUGAAGAACGCUUAUUCCUAGGAUCAUGAAACUUGAUAGGUAGAUUAAUCAUGACUCGCAGAUGACCCCUAUUGAUUUUCAGGUCACUAGGUCAAAGGUCAAAGUCACGGUGACCCGAAAUAGUAAAAUGGUGUCCGGAUGAUAACUCAAGAAUGCUUAUGGCUAGGAUCAUGAAACUUCAUAGGUACAUUGAUCAUGACUGGCAGAUGACCCCUAUUUAUUUUCAGGUCACUAGGUCAAAGGUCAAGGUCACAGUGACAAAAAACAUAUUCACACAAUGGCUCUCACUACAACGGAGAGCCCAUAUGGGGGGCAUGCAUGUUUUACAAACAGCCCAUGUUAAUUUUCAUUCCAUUUUUACUGUUUGAUGUUCCAUUGUACAUUAUCAUUAUCAUUAAAUAAUUGGUCUGAUGUUUUUGAAUAUUGUUUUCCUUAACAAGAACAGUUUGUAUCACAGCUAAUGGUCAAUCCAAAGUCAUAACAUGUGUUUUAUACUUGUAUACAUUACCCCAAGUCUGAAUGAGUUUGUAAAUAAUUUUCACUUUAAAGUGUUGUUCUUAUGUGCAUUUAAGGCUUACUCCCUACCCGAUCAUGAAACUUGAAUAUACAUGAGAGGUAUUCUGAAAUGUGCAAUGUAUUUAUUGAGAAUGUACACAAUAGCAGCAAUGUACUGUAGGAUGAGUAUAUUUUGUAGUCAAUUUUUAUGCUUCCAGAAAAUGUAUGCUCCCCGAAAAUUUUCAGGGAGCAUAUAGUUGCCAGUUUGUCCUUCCUUACUUCCUUCCGUCACACUUUUGUUACAGUUUCUCAUAGCAACUUCAAUACUUUACCGAUCUCUUUCAUAUUUGGCAUGAAGGUACCUUGCAUGGACCUCUACCUUUUGAUGAGGUUUGAGGUCACUGGGGUUCAAGGUCACCAUGCUAAUAAUAGAUUUUUCCGUCACACUUUUGUUACAGUUUCUCAUAGCACCUUCAAUACUUUACCGAUCUCUUUCAUAUUUGGCAUGUAGGUACCUUGCAUGGACCUCUACCUUUUGAUGAGGUUUGAGGUCACUGGGGUCAAGGUCACCUAGGCUAAUAAAUUUUUUUUUAGGUGGUUAUAAACACAUAGAUUGACAAAGCGCAUCAUCGGGGAGCAUCCAUCAGUUUCACCGAUAUUCUUGUUGUAUGUUGAUUUUUAUUUAUUUAAAAUAUUAAUAUCUACUUGUUGCUUGUCAAUUAUAUACAUGCACAUGUAUAUAAACGCAAAGAUCUUGUUGUGUAUAAACGGUUGAAAUGUUUCUGUCAAUUCUUACCAUGCUCAAAAUCAAACAAACAUCAUAGAAAAACACUUAUUUUUAGUUUUUUGAUGAUGUAAAGCACAUGUUUUAUAUCGUUAUGUUUCUGCAGAUUGUCAUCAUAAUAUAAACAUCAUUCAUUGAUU